UUAUAAAAGAUCAGGCCAUCGUGGUUCCCACUUUCCCGAUUCUUCUUCUCCUUUUAUAAUCUUAGCGACCUACAAACCCUAACACGCUACCAUUUGCUCCACCUGCUUAAUUUGAUUUCAGGGGAAAGAGAAGAAAGGAUGUCGUACUUGCUGCCCCAUCUUCACUCCGGUUGGGCGGUCGACCAAGCCAUCCUCGCCGAGGAGGAGCGCCUAGUCAUUAUCCGCUUCGGCCACGACUGGGACGAGACUUGCAUGCAGAUGGAUGAAGUUUUGGCCUCAGUUGCUGAGACAUUAAAGAACUUUGCUGUCCUAUACCUUGUCGAUAUCACUGAGGUUCCUGACUUCAACACGAUGUAUGAACUGUAUGACCCGUCGACUGUGAUGUUCUUCUUUAGGAACAAACACAUCAUGAUCGAUCUUGGCACCGGGAACAAUAACAAGAUCAACUGGGCACUGAAGGACAAACAAGAGUUCAUUGACAUUGUCGAGACUGUUUAUCGUGGUGCUAGAAAGGGCCGCGGUCUUGUCAUUGCUCCAAAAGAUUACUCCACAAAGUAUCGAUACUGAGCACUUGCAUCGCAUCUGCUGCAACUUGUUGGUACACACAAACAUGAGUUUGUUUCUUGCUGCACAAAUGUUUGUGAAUAAUCUUGACCUAUAUAUAUAUAUAGGAAAAUACUUGGUGUACUCUCAUUUUAAACUCCCAACUUUUAUUCUCUCGCACAUGUUUUUGAUUUAGACACUUUUCAGUGGACCCACAUGAUGAAAAUAACCAAUACUGAUUUGCCA